AUGGCAAAGCAACUUAAGGUCGUUGAGCGGGAACCUUUUGAUUUCUCUUGUACAAUUAUGGCUCUUGAAAAAUUAGGUGUUGGUAAAAGUACCACUAUCAAUUCAAUGUUUGAUGAAGUGAAGAUUGGCAUCGAUGCUAUUCAAUUGGAUCCUUCACUCGUUAAACGCUUUAUCAAGAAAACUCCUCCACAUAUUGUGUUGUAUCUUGACAAGUUAGAUAUUCGGAGUAAGGAUUUUGGUGAUAUGCCCCUCUUGCAUACCAUCGCCAACAUAUUUUGUCCAUCUAUAAGGUUUAAUGCAAUUGUUAUCCCGACCCUACGCAAGCAUCGGCUCCACUCGACGGUCCAAAUGGUAUUGCUUCAAGCUAUGAUAUGUUUGUCAUUUGGUGUUCACAUGUUGUCAAACAAGCAAUUCGUCGAGUUGUUGGAGAUAUGCGAUUCAUAA